UUUUCGCAAAUGAACUGCUGUAAGAAAAUUCGAGCCUGUUUCUGCUGUCGGAAAAACUAGCAAGACUUCUUUUCUCAACUGCUCAGCAAAGGUAAAUGUUGCCUGUAAAAUGUUAACAGCAAAACUGUACGAUAACUUCAGCUGCAGGUUUUACUCUCGACAUAGACAUAAAACCUCCUAUUACACCCUAAAAAUAGAUCAUUAAUUUCCAUUUUUUAUCCAGUCGCUGUAAAUAUACGUAUACUGUGCGGGACUGCAUGUAAGGGCUAUAGCUAAAGGGUAGCUUCCUUAAAACACAAGCUUAGUCACAUGCUUGUUAGUGUAUCUGGUAAGUCAUGCCUAUUGUAAGUAUCUGAUACGAGUAACAUUUUGUCAAAAUGGUAUUAGCUAACAAAAGAUUUCCGAACUAACUACUUUCUCAUUAACGAAACACUUAGAGCAUGAUAGCGUGAAGGAAUGCAGAAAACCCUGCACCCUAUAUAUCAGAUGAAACAUAGAAAGCCAAAGACGCCAAAUAAAGUUCAUCAAAGAGUCGUUCCACUAGCUUUCUAGUUCUAACUGUAAAAAAACACGUGAAAAGUAUUUUGUUCUCCACUAAAUCAGUUGCCACAACAAAAGCUCAGACAAUCAAGAGAGAAUUUUCAUUCUGACAUGGGGAGUUCUGAAGACCAGGAACUCCACAUCACAGUGAGCAACAGCUUACCAGGUACUUCGUCUCAAUCAGAGGCUGUACCCAGUCCAUCAGAUGAAUUACAGAAACAAGGCUUAAAUUGGUGGAUCAAAAUUUCCAUUUGCAUACUUCUUAUCCUUCUCGGUCAGUCCACAGCUGUACUCCUUGGAAGAUUAUAUUACAACAAUGGCGGGAAAAGCAAAUGGAUGGUAACGCUAGUGCAAUUUGUAGGGUUUCCGGUUCUACUUCCACUGUACUGUAUCAUCCCAAAGGAAGUUUCCCAAGAAAACACACCAAAAAAUCUGUUUCCAUGCUCCAAAGUUGCAUCAAUCUACAUAUUUCUUGGGUUGAUCGGAGCAGGAGCAAGUAUGAUGUACUCAAUAGGACUUGAAUACAUGCCAGUCUCCACAUUUUCUCUCAUAUGUGCAUCUCAACUGGCUUUCAACGCCGUCUUUUCCUUCUUUUUAAAUUCACAGAAGUUCACACCUUUCAUAACAAACUCUCUUGUUCUGCUCACCAUCUCAUCAGCCUUACUCGUCUUCCAAACUGAUUCUUCCGUUCCUGAAGGAGAAUCAAAGGAAAAUUACACCAUUGGUAUCCUGUGUGCUAUUGGUAAUGCAGCAGGAUACGGAUUGUCACUUUCAGUAACAGAGUUCACCUUCCAAAGGAUACUAAAGAACGGAAGUUUCAAAGCUACUUUAGACAUGAUUAUUUCACUUUCACUUGUUGCAAGUUGUGUUUCGGUUGUUGGACUUGUAGCUAGUGGUGAGGUGAAGACACUGAAAGAAGAAAUGGAUCGGUAUAAGGUCGGAAAACUGUCAUACAUGAUGACUUUAAUUUGGACUGCAUUAAGUUGGCAGGUUUAUACCAUUGGCACACUAGGCGUAAUUGUUAAAGUAUCAUCCCUUUUUUCGAAUGUUGUUGCAACUGUAGGACUGCCAAUAGUUCCAAUACUAGCAGCAAUCUUUUUCCAUGAUUCAUUGGACGGAAUAAAGAUAGUUGCCAUACUGUUGGCGGUCUGGGGAUUCGUUUCGUAUACCUAUCAGGAGUACCUUGAUCUUUAUACAGACGAAACCACAAACCCCGUUACCACAAAUGCCUUUGAAGAAGCUUGUGAGAACAGAUGUUAGUUAGUAGAACGACAAGCUCGAAGAGUAGAAAAAAACACAGCAAUAAAAUAGCAGUAUUGCAUUGAUCAUGGCCUUCAAUCAGAUAGCCUACAUACCAGUUUGUCAGUCUCAGAUUAAUGGAUUACUACCAAGCUGAUUAAGUUCAUUCUGUUUAGAAUAAGAUGUUAUAUUGACAGCAAAUUGUCUGUUUGAUGAACAUAAUCAUUGUUUUGUGUAAUAAGAUAAUGGAUAAUUGAAUAUUACCCAA